AACAUUUUCUAAAUAUAGUCUCUCACUGCUGCCACUGUCUUUUUCCCUCCCUUCAGCUCCUAUCCUAAAUGCCCACACAUAGAUCGCUAGGGGUUUCUCACAGGUUUUUCAAAAAUUUUUAUUACUUGUUUUUAGGAAUAUUUUGCUCUCCAUUAUGUAAUUUCUCCAUAGUUGAUUUUGGGAUUCACCAACUUCAUGGUGAUUGAUAAUUCUGCCUUAAUUUUUAAUCUGAAAUCUUAAUGUUUUAUUCACAGGAAGAAAUAAAAGUUUUUCAUCUAUAAUUCAGAAGCUAAGUAAAUAACAAAAUGAAGCCAGUAAAGCAUCUGUUGGCCUCUAAUGGUAAAUCGGCAAAUGUUCCAGAUUUAACAUAUAAAAAAGGACUACUUAAUUUGCCAUUGUCACCUAAAUCAAAGGAAAAACACAGUGCAAAAACAGUGCAUGACAGACUUGAACCUAUGGUCUUAAGAUCUCCACCAACAGGAGAAUCCAUCGUAAGGUAUGCUUUGCCCAUUCCAUCAAGUAAGACAAAGGAGUUCAUAGCAGAAGAUGAAUUGGUCAGAAAAAUUACCAAACAUCUGAAGAUGAUUGUUUCUUCUUUGGAAGAAACCUAUGGAUUUAAUAUUCAAAAUGAAGAAAAACCAGUUAUGAAGCCUGAACAUGAAGGAUUAUCCUUAUCUGUUGGGGAUGAGCUGAAUGGAUUCUUGGUAUAUUGUUCACAAUCUGCAGCUCAGUUAGAAGAAGCAGCUAAGGAAGAAUAUAAUAUUUUGGAAUCUCUUUUUAAGUGGUUUCAGCGACAGGUCAAUCAGAUGGAAGAGAUAAGUAAAGAUCAAACUUUUUCAGAAACAGAGUUUCCAGCAUCUGAUAAAACAGUCAGUUUAAGCAUUGCACAAAUAGUAAAGCAGGUGCGCAAACUUGAAGAACUGAAAAAUCGUCUUAAAGAAGGGCAUAAAUACACCUUCAAAGACUUAUUGUCUAAACCCAAAGAGUAAAAAGAGAUGAGAUCAGAAAAAGUGCAAACUUAUGAAACUAUACAGCAGAAAAUUGAAGAAUUCAUAACAACACACUCAACUGAAGAUUCAGAUGUUUUUGCAACUGAGCCACAAACUACCACAAUGAGUAAUCUAUUGAAUGCCUUGUUGAAAAUAUUUGAAAACCAGGAAAAUAAGUUAGAGAGAGCUAUGAAUGAGCAAGUUUUGUUAGAGACUAAAUACACACAGAUUCAAAAUGAUCUCCAAGUGUUAUCAGAGGAGAAGUUGAUGCUGGAAAAUGAACUGCAAAAGUUGAAGAAUACAGAGAAAACAAAGGCUACAGGUGAGCAAACCAAGAAAACUGUGAAAACAGAGAAGAAAAAAGACAAAGGAAAAUCUGAACAUUCAGAAGAGAAGAAAUCUGCAAAGAAAGAGCUUAAUGUAAAAGAAAGUAUGCUUCAAGUCCAGAAAGUAACACAUGCUCUGGAAGUUGAGAACCAAGUCCUUCGGGAACAACUGAAACAAGCUUUACAGGAAGCUGAAAGAGCUAAGCAACAAUUUGGCUAUUUCCUAAAUCAAGAAAGAGUAUUACUUAAAAGUGAGGGGAAGAGGAAGACAACAGAAAUUGGUACUGGCAAAACAGAAGCUGAAGAUUCAAAAUAUAUACCACUGGAGAAAGAAAUAGAAAAAGCACUAGUGGCAGAUUCAAGUGGACAAAAAGCAAAUGAUAAAAUAAAACAUCCGCAGAUCCUCAAGUCUCAAGAUGAAUCACCUUUUUUAAAGAGUUCAAAUGAAGCUUUAACUGAUGAAGAUAUAUCCUAUAUACUUUCAUCAAAGACCAAUGAUAAAUCAAUUGCUGCAAUAUUAUUGAGCAAAGAAAUUCAAGAUUCACAGUCUGUUGAAACAUUACUUCAAGGGAAUGAAACAGUGACAGCACCAUCCAUCUUACCCCCCGUUACUAAAAGAAAGCCUCUGGGUACAGACAUCUCAAAGGCUCGUAUUUUAGAGAAUUUACGAAGCAAGGUUGAAACACAAACUUACCAAGAAAUAAGAGAAUUCCAAGCUCAUGGUAAAGAAUUGGAUGAAGAUCUUAUGCUUGAGGAUAAAGCAAUGUCAAAAGCCAAACAAAUGCUGAAACAAAGAACUUCUAGAGUCAAUAGGCGCAAUGCGUUUCUUAUAACUCAGCCAAACGAUAAGCUAUCUAUGGAAGACCAGUUGCCUAAAGACAUAGCUUUAAUUUUAAAAAGCCAGUCUAAAAUUAAGAAUCUCAAAGCCACCAGAAGCAGCAGUUUGGAUAGUUAUGAUGAUGUAUCAGAUGAAAAUCUUUUGCUUAACCAUCAGGACUCAGUGUCAGAAACCCAAGUGCAAGUAGAGAAACAAAGAACUCUCAAAAGGGGAAGACCAUCUGGCAGUGCUGAUGUAUCAGGUAAAAAUCUUAUGCUUAAGCAUGAAGACUCAAAGUCAGAAACAGAAAUGCAGGUAGAGAAGAAAAAAUCUUCUGGAGAUGAAAGGCUCAUUACAUCAGAAGAAAAUCUUAGUCUUGAGCAUCAAAAAUCAAUGUCAGAAACUCAAAUGCAAGUAAAGAAACAAAGAGAGAAAAGACUCACUGAGGAUGAAGUUCCAGAUGAAACUCACAUACUUGAGCAUCAAGACUUAGUGUCAAGAUCAGAAAUCGAAGUGAAGAAACAAAUCUCUCAGGAAGGGGAAAAGCUUACUACUCGUGACGGUGCACCAGGCCAAAGUCCUGUGACUGAGUAUCAAGAUUCUAUGUCAAAACUCCAGAUGCAAGAACAGAAACAAAUACUUUCCAGAGGAAGAAAGCACAGUACUCAUACUGGAGUACCAGGUGAAAAUCUUACGCUUGUGAAUCAAGAUUCAGUGUCAAAACCCCAAAUGCAAGUAGAGAAACGAACAACUUACAGAAAGGAAAGACGUCAUAGUUAUUAUGGAGUACCAGAUACAAAUCUUAUGCUUGUGAAUCAAGAUUUAGUUUCAAAACCCCAAACGCAAGUAAAGAAACAAGUAGCUUCUAGAGAGGAAAGACGCAAUACAUUUCCUCUUGAAAACGAGAGAAAUGAUACAGUAAGAGUUGAAACUCUACCUCCUGAGAAAAAAGCUUUAUUUUCAAGAAACCAAUCUCAAACUAAGAAAUUUGGAGCUACCAGAAAGAAUCUUGAUACUCCGAAAGCAGAAGACAUACUAGAUGAAAAUCUUUUACCCGACGAUGAAGUUGAAUUGUCAAAAAGCCAAUCUCAAACUAAGACGCUUAGAGCUGUCAAAAUGGAAACCCUAAAUAUUAAAAAUGGAGCAGCUUCAGGACAUCCAAGUAGAGCACAAAAUCUUUCAGCAGUGAAUCCAUCAAUUACUGACCUAAUAUUUCAAUUAGGUUUGGACAAAGUGGUAGAAAUGGAUCUAGAACACUUGAAGGAUACUGUUGGAAGGCAUAUAUUGAUGACAGAAAUGAGGAUACAACCAAAGAGUCUCCCUGACACAAAUACAGAGCCCUACCCAGAUGUUACUGGAAGAAGGAUACUAAAGGGUGAAAUGAAGACACAAUCCAAGAGGCCUCCUGAGACUGAUAUAGAACACAGAACAGAUAAUGGCAGAAGAGCAAAAAUAAGUGGUAAAAUCAAGGCACAUCUUAAGAGUCAACCUGAUGCUGAUAUACAGCUCUUCCCAGAUGCUAUUGGAAGAGGUUUUAUGAAGGAUGAAUUCAAGAUACAACCCAUGAGUCAUCCCAAUAAGAAUAAGAAUAUUUCAGGGACUAAUGUAGAAGGCUCGAGAGAUAAAACUAUAAGAGGUGUACAAAAGGGACAAUUCAAGACGCAAUCGAUGAAUCUCCCUGACCCUGAUACAGACAGGCUCCCAGAUACUAUUGGAAUAGGUAUACUAAAGAGAGAAAUGAUGACACUAUCCAAGAGGCCUCCUGAGACUGAUACAGAACACAGAACAGAUAAUGGCAGAAGAGCAAAAAUAAGUGGUAAAAUCAAGGCACAUCUUAAGAGUCAACCUGGUGUGAAUUUACUUGAAAACAAAGAUAUGUCCAUACAACAUCAAACAGAUUUUUUUACCAAGCGCAUCAUACCAGGUAUUAAUUUAUUUAAAAAUAAAAAUACAUUAUCACAUCAAGAAGAUUUCUAUAUGAGGCAUAAUGCAGCAAGUAAAUACAAAACAAAAGUGAUUAAUUUAUCACCCUUUGAAAGUAAAGACAAACCUCAUGUGUUCUUGGCACCCCUUAUGACUGAACAUCCAAAAGCACACAUAGAGCAUCUAGAGUUCAUAAAACCAUCCACUUUCCUUCACUGAAUAAAGAACAUUCAGUCCCAGGCAGCGUCAGUAGAAAGACUCAUCAUGAGGGGCAUCAAAAAAAUUCUACCUUAAACCAAAAAACAAGCAAACUUGAAGAUGGUCUGUCUGCUCUGAUCACUACAGCUAGAAAAACUAGCUAUAAAGCCACAGCAUGCAGAAGUUCCAGGGCCAGGGAACAGACCCUGGCCACAGCUAUGAUCUGAGCCACAGCAAUGACAAUGCCAUAUCCUUGACCUGCUACACCACCAGAGAACUCCAGAGAUCAUAGUUUUGAUCUCAGGCUGGCAAACACUCUGGAAGGCACCAUGGCACAAGGAAACUGCAGGAGAGAUGUACACCUGUGUGCAGCUGGGAUCAAGAGCUUAUGGGCAAGGAAAUACAGUUAAACAUUCGAAGCCCUGAAAAGCUGGGAUGAGACUCUUUGGGAAAUUCAAACUUUCAAGUAGCCACAUAUUUGAGGGAAAUCAGGAGGUGAAAAAAAGUAUACACAAAGGCCCAAGAAGAAUGCAUUUCUAGGAAAAAAAAAAAAUCUGAGACUACCUUAAGAUUUUAUUCUGUGCUAGUCCUAAGGCCCAAGAGCCUGCUAAUUAGUGAGGCUCUUCCACAUCAGCCUGUAAAGACUGGGAGAUCUUUUUUCAAAUCGCCAGUUUUCAACAGAACAUCAGAGCAAAGAAAAGAAUGGUCUUUUAAAAAGAACAAAACCCCUAGAAACUCUCUGAUAAAACACAAGCAUCAGCUUUACCAGAAGAUUUUAAAAUUUGCUCAAAGAGCAAAUGUACAACAUGGCCAAAGAACUAAAGUAAAUCAGGAAAAUUAUAUACAAACAAAGUGAGAAUAUCAACAAAGAGAUGGAAAUUAUUAAAAAGGAAAAAAAAAGAGUAUUUGGGUAAGGUAGAGGAGUAGAAAGUAUCAGAAGCAGAUCUCUCCUUCUGGACAAAAUUGUAUUGGCCUAUCUGUUUGAUGUAACAACUUUGGAAAGCAGGAGUCUAUUUGAAAGCUUGCAGUUUCCAAGGGAAGGCUUGGAUAGUAAGUUGCAAUUAGUUUCUGUCAACUUAAGCAUUAAGCAUGGCAGCAGGUACCCAGUCACCAGCCCUAGCCCAGUGACAGCUCCAGUAUAUGUACUCUGGGAGCACUCUGUGCACAGCUUGUGCGGGCCAGAAUGGGCAGUAGGAACUUGUCCUCUGUUGGGCCCCUGUGCUCUGAUCACUGAUGGCUGAUUCUGAUCACUGAAGUGAAAACCUUAAGGUUACAACUCAGACUGAUCCUCAACACAGAGAUAGCCAUGACAGUCAGUCAGUCAAUCAGUAAACCAAAUAAGCAGACAAAAAGUUCAAAGCAAACUCUGGGUAAGAGGGAGAAUUUCCAGAGGUAGGAUAUUCAAGUGUCCAGUUUUGCACACACAAAAAAAUCACAAGGCUUACAACGAAACAGAAAUGUAUGGCCAAUUCAAAGGAAAAAGACAAACUGUACCCAAGAAGAACUAGAUAGCAGACUUAAUAGCCAAAGACUAAAGCGACUGUUUUAAAGAUGCUCAAACAGCUAAAAGAAGUAGUGACUGUCAGGAAAACAAUGUGUGAACAAAAUGGAAAUAUCUAUAGAUAGAAAAGAUUUUAAAAUAGGAAAAAGGAAUGUUUGAGUUGAAAAAAUUCAGUGACUGAAAUGUAAAAACUUACUAGAGGAAUUCACAAGCAGAUUUGGUGUAACAAAAGAAAAAAUCAGUGGACUUGAUGAUAGGAAAAUUGAAAUUAUUGGAUUUGAGGAAUAGAAGGAAAAAGCAAAUGAGCCUAAGGGACAAGUGUAACACCAUUGAAGAGAUAAAAAUAGGAAUUAUAGGAUUCCCAGAAGGAAGAGAGAAUGCAAAAGAGGAGACCAUCUGAAGAGGUAAUGGUUGAAAGCUUCCCAAUUUGAUGAAAGACAUGAAUUUACAUCCAAGAGGAUCAACAAAUUGCAAGUAGAUGAAUUUAAAUAAACCUACACUGAGAUACAUUUAAUAAAACUGUUGAAAUUCAAAAAGAAAAUCUUAAAAUCAGCAAGAGAGAAACCACUCAUCAUAUACAAGGAAUCCUCAAUAAUAUCAGCAUAUUUUUUAAUUGGAACCUUGAAAACUAGAAAGCGGUGAGCUGAUAUAUUCAAAGGACUGAAAUAAACAAAAUGUCAUCCAACAGUCUUAUAGCAGGUUAACUUGUCCUUCAAAAGUGAGGAAGAAAUUAAGACAUUCUCAAAUAAGCAAAAGCUGAGGAAUUUUGUGACUACUUGUGACUACUAGGCCAGCUCUGCAAGAAAUGCUAAGGGUAAUCCUUUUAGGUUACAGUGAAAAGAUACUAAACUAUAACCUGAAGCCAUAUGAAAAAAUAAACGUCUUAGUAAAGAUAACUGAAUUGUCAUUUAUAAAAGUGAAUAGGAAUGUAACUUUGGUUUGUAACUUUACCUCUUGCUUUUUUGUUUUAAUCUGGGAGAGGAAAUACAUAUCCAGGUCCAAAAAGCACAAAGAGUCCCAAAAAAAGAUGAAACCAAAGAAGUCUAUAUCAAGACACAUUAUAAUUAAAAUGGCAAAAAUUAAAGAGACAAUCUUAAAAGGAGCAGAGUAAAUCAGCUAGUUCCAUCCCAAGGGAACUCCCAUACAACCAUAUCAAUUUUCAGCAGAAACUUUGCGGUCCAGAAGGAAGUGGAAUGAUAUAUUCAAAAUGAUGAAAGGAAAAAAAUCUACAACCAAGAAUACACUACCCAGCAAAGCUAUCAUUCAGAUUUAAAGGGACGAUAAAGAGCUUUACAGACGAGCAAAAGUCAAGAAAAAGUUCAGCACCACUAAACUAGCUUUACAAGAAAUGUUAAAGGGAUUUCUUUAAGCAGAAAAACUUAGCUAAACAACUAGAAAUAUAAAAAUUAUGAAUGGAAAACCCUCAUUGGUAAAGGCAAACAUGCAGUAAAGGAAAUAGAAAGCUAGUAGGCGUGUUAAAAGUAGUAAAACCACCUGUAUCCACAAUAAGUAUUAAGGGAUACACAAAACAAAAAGGUGUAAAAUAUGACAUGAAAAACAUUAAGGGGGGGGUUGCUAAAAAUGCAAAGUUGUUAGAAUGUGUUCAAACUUAAGAGAUCAUCAACUUAAAAUAAUCACUUAUAUAUAGGUUGUUGCUAACAUCAUGGUAACCACAGACAGAAAAUUUAUAAUAGGUACACACACAAGGAGAAAGGAAUCCAAACAUAAUACUAAAGAUAGUCAUCAAAUCACAAGAGAAGAGA